AUGGUGUCCCCAGCAAUCCAGACGUACUUCAGCAAGAUGAAGGGCCAACGCUACGAUCCCAAGAGACUAAAAUCCCCUCCCAAGCCCCCAACAAGAAUCCAGGUCCUGGUCUCGACCUUUAUCGGUUCCUUUAUCGGCAUUGCGAUCGUCGCUUCCAUGACCUACAAUUCACAGUGGUUCCUUGACAGGAACACCCCCGUCAUUGCGGGUUCCUUUGGUGCCUCAGCCGUCCUUAUAUAUGGUGCCAUUGAGGCCCCCCUCUCUCAGCCUCGUAACGUCAUCGGCGGACACAUCAUGGCGUCCUUCAUUGGAGUAUCGCUCUACAAACUCUUCAACCUGAUGUCAACCGAACUCUUCAACCGCCUCCAUUGGCUCCUCUGCUCCCUCGCCGUUUCAAUUUCCCUCUUCGUCAUGCAAGUCACCCAUACCGUUCACCCCCCUGCCUCUGCAUCUGCACUCAUUGCCGUCACGGGCGGACAAGCGAUUUAUGAUCUGGGCUAUUGGUACCUACUUUGUCCAAUAGCGCUGGGGGUAGCGUUAAUGAUGAUCGUCGCGAUGCUUGUUAAUAAUGUUGUAAGGACCUAUCCAUCACAUUGGUGGGCCCCCAAGUCGAGAAUUAUCCACGUUGUUGAUCAGGAUAUGACGACAACGCUUGCAGAUUUUAUGCCACCCGAUGAUGAUGAUGAGGAUGAAGAUGAGCAAGAGAAGGAGGGGCAGAAGGCGGAGAGAGAUGGUGUGGCAUCAUCCCCUCUUGGCAAUAACAACAACAAGUCUUCGACUCAUCACCCCACCAUCUCCUCAAGCUCGUCAUUGACCUUCUCCCCGCUCGAUAACCACUCUUCUCCAAACCACCCCCCAACUUCUAUCACGCCACACCCAGCCCCCAUCAUACACACUCACACCCAGCCCCAAUACGCAGUCUACUACGGCGGAGACCACAAAGAAGAACUUAGAGAUGGAGAGAUGCUCCAGGAACUACACAGCGGCUCCUCCUCUUCCCCCAAGGACCUCGAGCACGGUCAUGGCCCUCAUGGACUCAUCAACCGGCGCCACUCGAUUAUGAUUGGUCUCCGAGGGUCUACUCACCCCAUUGCUCGUACCACUUCGAGCGGCACCACCGUAUCCCAUGUGACGGCUACGGAGGAAGAGUACCGUGCGACGAUUGAGCAGCUCCAACAGCGUAUCCUCGACCUCGAGUCCCGUCUUGCCGCUGUUCCUGCCGACUCUGGCGCCGGUUCCAACUGA